CUGAGAAACGUUAUGUAAAACUCCAUGCUGGAUGAAGAUCAGAUUGUGUCUCAGUCAGAAACAGCCCAGAGCCGAUUCUGCGAUGAAUAGAAUGGAUGAGAAUGAGAUUUAUUGUCACUUGCACUCAAAUUCCAAAAGAACAGGAGUAGAGGGGAAAGUUAACAGCAGCUCCUCCACACGGCUCCAUACGAUGUACAAUGUACCUCGGUGCAAACCUACAUACAAGGAACCUAGAGAUAGCAGGAACUGCCGAGGCUGGAGAAUCUGAGAUAACACGCUGUGAAGCUGGAUAACACAGUAAUCCAUUUUGCUUUUGCUGUUGGAAAGGUCCGUUCAUGUGGGUCAGCGAUGUUCUCACGGUUGGGUCCAUUCGCGGUCCUUUCCCCUGCCCCACAUGUGAGACUGUAGGGGAACAGUAUGGGUCUGAACAGCAGAGGGCGCGCCAGCUCCCGGACUCUACCAUUCGCACAGAGACGGCGGGGGAGUGAGAGAUCUCGGUGCAGACUCUGUCGGAAAAGUCCGGGUCAAAGCUGCUUUUGGCCUGAAGGGAUUCGAGUGAGACACCGAUCCGAGAGGGGGGCUCCCGGGAAACUGUGAAUCCAGAGCCGGGGUGUGGGAAGGAACGGCGGAGGGGUGGGGUGAUCCGCAGACACCACCCCUCUCUCUACAAUGUGGGUCAGGUUGUGAAUUGUCACUGUUUGCAAACAACUUUCCGACCUGGCCAAAGCAAAUGAAACUGAAAGAGCGAUGACAGUGUCGAGCUGGAUAAACGCAGUGGGUGCGGUGCAUCUUAGGAGCACAAACACGUUUCAGGCCGAGACAACAGAAACUGCUUUGUGCUUUUCACCACUUUCUGAAGAACCAGGACAUUUUGCUGCGAUUUGGACGGUGGGGGCGCCUCUUGAUGACAGAUGCAAUUUAUUAGGGGAACAACACAUUUCCCAGCGAACAGGGAACCCAGCGGGACAUUGCAUCAACGGCUCCGAUAAUGGACACUCUGCGCUUCCUCUAACAUGGAGUUUUACAAAGUGUUUCUCAGCAGCUUCUCGGUCUCCUGUCGGUGUCUGGCCCUGAUCCUGAUCCCAGUCCGGGUCCCGGGAAAGGAGAUGCAGGGACAUUGCUCACAGAAACCGCUCCCCCUGCUGCUCCUGCUGAGUGCUGUUUCUGCUGUUUCAGGUGACUCGCCUGUGUCAGUUUCUGGGUUCGCUGGGGAGCAGGUUGUACUGCCCUGUAUCUACAAAGGGAAAAUCCCAGUCUCUGAUUUACUGGUCAUCUGGGGGAGACGCAAGACGGAAAUUGUACACAAGUUUGUCUAUGGAAAUGAUAAUUUGAGAGAACAAGAUACACAGUUCAUAAACAGAACAAACCUGUUCAAAGAUCAGCUGGAAAAAGGCAACUGGUCAGUUCUGAUCUCUGACCUUCAGAAGACAGACCAGGAUGAGUAUCAGUGCCAGAUUUUCUGGAACACGACUGUAGGUGUAUAUUGGGAGCAAACUGAAAUUGUUCAUCUCUCAGUAAAAGAGCGACCUCCUGCACCUGGACCGAACACACCUGUACCAGGUCCUGGAAUCUCCACUGGAGCAAGAGUUGGAUUGGGAAUCGGGAUUGUUGCUUUUUUUGUUGUUGCUGUUGGAAUCAUGGUUUACAUCAUUCAAAAAAGGAAAUGUGUUCAAAACAGACACUCCAGCAAUCAAAAUGAAGCAUCGAAUGAUGUCUCUUUGACAGAGGUGACCCUGUUCAGGUGAAGCGCAGAGCCUUGUGCCAACAGCAUCUGAGCAUCUAGAUCAAGCAGCUGGGGAACAAAAACUUUUGGGGAACGGGGCUGUCCAGCAUUAACCGAGUUUCCACUGCACUGAGCCUGGCUCAGGGAGGGGGAUCUCAGCCCAGUGCUGUGGUGAUCGAGUGAUUGCUGGUGCAAAGUCUGAGCUCAGGAGUGGAAUAAACAGUCGAUUCCUACAUUGCACAAAACCCUCUGAGCAGCACCAUCUCAGGAGGGAAACUCCCACUGGAAGUGUUAGUUCUUUCCUGAAACAACUUUAUCACUAUUUCAUCCUCAGCUUAAAAUCUCAGACUGUGUCCAAACUCACUCUCAGGAACGGACAGGACCACCUUUAACUGAGUAACUCAUUGAUUGCUACCUGAGAGGUUAAAAAUGUCUAAACUGUCAUUGAGUGUGUUGAAACAUCAGGAAGUUUCUGAAUUAAUUUUGUUCUCGGUGUGUGUAAUGCUCACAGUGCCCCAUUUGUUGUCCAUCUCAACUUGACUUAGUGCAGGCCUUAUAGUGAUGGUGCUCCCACAGUGGGGUACAUGGGAAGAGCUUUCAGAAACUGUCUCUGCUGCAUUAUCUACUGGGAAAAGCUAGGAACUACUGCAUUACCAGCAACUGUUUCAUUUCCGGAAUUCUGAUUCUCAAUGGUUGACAGAUUGCAAAUACAUCUAGCCAAAUGCAAGCACUUUAUAUUCAACAGUAAAUUAAAUAAA